AUGCAGAUCAUUCUAAGCGCCAUAGGAAAGCUAAGAGGAUGUGUGCGGCAAAUCGAAAAUCAAAAUCCCAGCGGUGCUUCACAAAUAGAUAUCCUAAAUCGAGUUAAAGUGUUGUUAGAACAAGAUAAAAAAUAUGACAAAGGUUUCAAAUUUGAUCAUGUUUGGGAAAUUCUUAAAGAUUCAGAGAAAUUUGGAGACGAUCAUAGCAACGCUACUCCAUACCGUCAAACACAAACAAGCAACUUUGUGUCAUCACAAGCAAAUUCACCUGCCACAGAGUCUCCAACAUCAGCAUCUCCUGGACUAUCAUCAUUCUCCCCUGAUAUAAAUGAUUUAAGUGUUGAUGGUUCUUCUAGUCAACGGCCUAUAGGUGUUAAAAAAGCAAAAGAAAAAAGAAAAGUAGAAGAACAUACUUCUGCUAUUAUCGACACAAUCAAAGAAGAACAACGCCAAGUCAUUGAGAUUCUUAAAAAAAAUAGUGCAGAUCGACAACAAAAUUAUGAAAUUCAGAUGCUACGUGCUCAAAAUGAGAAAAGGAAGUUGGAUAUGGCUCCAUAUCUUGCUGAAAAUAAAAUCUUGAUUAAAGAUUUAAAUUCCAUAGAUGAUCCGAUUCUACGCGAGCAUUUUCGGAACGAGCAGCUUAAGAUUCUACAGAAGAGAUCCACUCACGAUCAAGCAGCUCCGCAUGGAUUCCAUGAUGAUCUUCCUGAGUAUUAAAAAUGUAUGGCACAUGUAUGUUUAAAUCCAUAUUUAUGAAUGGUGUUUUGGUGAGAAAAACUUUUGCUUUAUCUUUA